UAUCAUGGCAUGCGAAUUUUAUUUUGAAAGAAUUGAUUUUAGUUUAUAAUAGUUUUUUUUAAUAAAGAAAAUAAUUUUUUUAAAAUGUUUCGAUCAUUAUAUAUCGCUUCAGCUUUCUCAAGACGAUUCUGUUCAUCUUUUACUGUGAAAGAAGUUUUACUUAAAAAGCCUGUAGAUCAAAAAAUAUUGGUCCAGGGAUGGGUACAAGCUGUAAGAAAAUAUAAGGAAUUAUUUUUUGUGGAUCUCAUUGAUGGAACUUGUCUAGAUCGAUUGCAAAUUGUGAUUAAUGCUCAUAAUGUGAAGCCACCGAAUUAUGGAAGUUCAUUAAAAGUGCAAGGAUCAGUUGUUGAAAGUUCGCAUGCAGGUCAAGAAAUUGAAUUAAUUGCUGAUUCUUGGGAAACACUUGGUACAUGUGAUGAAAAUUAUCCAUUUGAAAAUCAUAAAAAAUAUUCUUCUGAAUACAUCAGACAGUACCCUCAUUUGAGACCUAGAACACGAAGAUUUUCAUCUAUUCUUCGAAUUAGAAACCAUGCUUCCAUGGCUGUACAUAAUUUUUUCCAGAAUGAAGGAUUUUGUUUCAUUCACACACCCAUAAUUACUCAGAACGAUUGUGAAGGUGCUGGAGAAGUUUUCACAGUUGAGGUGAAGGGAAAACUAGCCGAUACAUUACUUACAAAAAAUGUUGAAACAAAUGCUGAUAGUACUAAGGUUGAUCAACCCACAAAUAAUGAAAAUGAGCAUACUGGCUCAAAUGUUGAUGGUGAUAUAUUGGAAAAGCACUUUUUUGGAGCACCUACUUUUCUCACAGUAUCUGGACAACUCCAUUUAGAAUCAAUUGCUUGUGCCUUGACUCGUGUAUACAAUUUUGGUCCAACAUUCAGAGCAGAAGCUUCAAGAACAAGAAUGCAUGCUAGUGAAUUCCAAAUGAUUGAGGCAGAAAUUGCUUUUAUUGAAAAUGUUGAUGAAUUGUUGAAGACAGUUGAAAAAUGCCUAAAAAAAGUUACUGAAUCCAUAAUGGAAAACUGUCCUGAAGAAGUUAAAUUUAUUGUUAAAGAUGUUAAGAACUAUGAACAUUACAUAAAGAAUUUUUCAUCUAAAUCUUUUGUUAGAAUGCCUUAUAAAGAAGCUAUAAGUAUUUUACAGAAAAAUAAAGAAUCAUUAAAAACGCCUAUAGAGUUUGGUGAAGACUUAGCUACAGAACAUAAGCAGUUUAUAGUAAACUAUUGUGAUAAUGUUCCUGUCUUUGUAUCUAUGUUCCCUUCAACAAUCAAACCAUUUUAUAUGAAAUCUGAUGAAAAUAAUAUGGCUUGCUGUUUUGAUUUAUUUGCUGCUUAUGGUGGUGAAAUAUGUGGUGGAAGCUUAAGAGAAGAUAAUGAAGAAAAUUUGAAGAAAAAAUAUUCUUUUGAAAAACACACUAAUUUAUCAUGGUAUCUUGAUCUUAGAAAGUAUGGAACUGUACCACAUGGAGGAUUUGGGAUUGGUUUUGAAAGAUUGCUACAAAGUAUAUUAGGAAUAUCAAACAUUAGAGAUAUAAUUCCUUUUCCUAGACGAAAAUAUGAUUGCAAAUGUUAAUUUAUAUUAUGUAGUUUUAUUGUAAAUAAACAAAUUUGUAUUUAA